CGUGCACACUCCCAAAACUAUCGUCCGCGGUGGCGCAUUGAACGUCGUUCACGUCGCGUUCGUCCUCGUGUUCCUCGAGAGUCCAGUUUCCAUGCGAUCCCACCGUAACGCUCGCUUCCCCUGUCGCUGACAAUUAAUCCUCGACAACCCCCGAUCGGGAAUGCCGUCGUUCGAACGGAUGGUCACGCGUCGCGACGCGGACGUCUGAUCGACACCGACGGAGAGGAGAAGCUACGAACUAGUGUGCCCGUGGAAAACACAGUGAUCGAGACUCGAGUGGAUGGCCUGAUUUAUGACAGUGCAGUGAAUCCGCUGUUGUUGUUCGGUUUAUCGUAUUCGCGUUCCGUCUUGGACGCGCCGAGGGAACCUUUCAAACGUUCGAGACGACCAGGUGAGACGAGAGUCUCGACCACGGCAGCAAAAUUGAGCUGGACUUGCACCAACGGGCCGCCGGCCACUUUAUGAGAGCCGGUGGCAACAUGUGCGACGGCUCCUUCACGGAGACCCUGCGCGGUAUGCAGGGCAUGUCGGGCACGUCGCCUCCUGGCGGCGGGGGGGUUGGACCCAUGGGGGUUGGCCUCGGCAGCCCUCUCGGCCCGGCCACGAAGAAGGCGCAGGUGGAGCACAUCAAGAGGCCGAUGAACGCCUUUAUGGUCUGGUCGCGGCUACAGCGACGGAAGAUCGCGCAGGAGAACCCGAAGAUGCACAACAGCGAGAUCUCGAAGAGGCUUGGCGCUGAAUGGAAGCUUCUCACGGAGGACGAGAAACGGCCGUUCAUCGAUCAGGCGAAGAGGUUACGGGCGCAGCACAUGAAGGAACACCCUGAUUACAAAUACAGGCCCAGAAGAAAGCCAAAAACCUUGCGGAAGGAGGGCUACCCUUACAGCAUUCCGUACCCGAGCGUGCCCAUGGAUGCGCUUCGUGCUGGAAUGGCUGGCAGUAUGGGACAAGCUGGAAUGGGUUCCUACUAUGGUCCCGCUGCGGCUUAUGGUUCUCUUUCCGCAGCAAGCAUGGCCGCAGCGGCGGCUGCGGCUGCCCAGCAGUCUGCAGCGGCGAUGUCCGCCGGUCUCGGAGCACCUGCUCAGGUGGUGAGCUCGAUGGAUGCGAUGAAGUACUCCAUGGAGGCGGACAAGUACCGCGCCGCCUACAUGCCACCCAGCACCCUGGCGAUGAGCAUGUACUCGGACCCCAAGUACCUGGACUCCAGUCCGAAAUCGUACCUGGACCGAAGCUACCUGGACUCCGCGAAGGCGUAUUUCGAGCAAUCGAAGCUCUACAUGGACCAGAAGCAGACGAUAGUCGAUUACAAUCGGCCCAGUUACGAGCACAACAAGCUCUACGAGGAGUCCAGCCCUGGUAGCGUGGUGGGCGGGGGUGGUUCGACGAGGUCCCCAGCGGCAGAGUCACCCGACAUGAGCAAACAACACGAGAGGACCGAGCAAGGCUCGUCCAGCGCGAGUUCCACGUCGACUUCCUCGGCUGCGAGUCCUGGCGCGAGCCUACCGGCUUAUUAUCCAGGCUCGGUUCAAAGUAGCGGCCUGCUCGGACCCCAGAUAAGCCAGUACAGCGGCUAUCAAACCGCCCCCGCACCUGGAAACGAGUCCUUCCGACGACCAUUGGCUGUCCUCUUCUGACCCGAUAGAACGUAGCUCUGAUCCAUCUUCGAGGAGCAGUUGCCCUAGAGUCCGAUCCGAAAGUGUCGCGUUCCGGAGGUGUUUGGGUGUGCAUCGUCGAUGACCCGGAGGUCGAUCGACGAAGGGAACAGGGUUCCUGGCGGUGCGAAUAACGAAGCUGAUCGAGGAAAAGCUGAUCAUGACUGGAAGAGGCUUCGAAGAGACUUCCUUGUAUUUGUUCACGUUGAAACACAGGGAGUUGUUAUCGAAGUCUUCGCGAAUGGAUCGAAAUGAAAAAUGAAUAUUAUAGGAUCUUAACGUAUCUUGAUAAUCCAGCUUCAAAGGUUCAACCUCUGAGACCUCGGACCUCCUUCAAAGUCCAACAAGUCGGAGCAACGAUUUCUAUAGAACGCGGUAAAGUGACACGGUUCAAAGCUUCAAUCUCGCCGCGACCUAAGACCAACGGCUCUGACUUUCAAGACCAGGACCCGUGAAUGCACAUCCCAUGGAACGGAUACCUCGUGAAUGGGCCAACGCGAUGCGAAAACAGGGCCAGCAACGGUGCGCAUCGUUGACGUUAACAACGAAAUUGAAACACUCCGUUCUAAUCACCCCCCGGAGCAACGAUUAUUUAUCAGACAUAGGUUUCGGCCUUUCCAGGACGAAAUUAUAAAGAGAAUUGUACAUAGUCCUCGUGUAAAUAGCGUAGCAAGGAUUAUUAACAUGCACGACGUUCGAAAACGGUUUUCCUUCAGCCCUGUUCCCGGCGUUCUUUUGUGUCCCGCAGCCUCGAGGCAGCUACAUCUUCCAGGACACCCACGUGGUGCCAGGACCUCCUGCUACGGUCAUCGGCAGUCUUAGGCCGUUGUCGUACCUGACCGACGCGACUGAACGAGUUGUACGUUGACGCGAUGAUGAAAAUUGCCCGAAUCCGUGGACGAAUGCAGUUUGGUUUGUUUCAAAUAUUAAUUUCAUUGUUUUUAUUAAACAAUUGUCUCGCAGUCAUCUCUAUAUUUUGAUAUUCAGAAUCGAAGGUUCUUGGAUGAGUCGAUGGGUCUAUGUAACUAUAUACAUAACAAUAAUGACAACAUCUUUCUUUGACAGUUUCUUAUCGAUUAUUUUGAUACUUGGAUCGAUUCUGUUCUUCACUUUUUUCUUAUUGCAAUGUGUCCGAUCGCAUCGUUUAGGCGAGAGGACGGCUUUAGACUGGUGAAUGGGAUUCUCUUUCGCAGAUCCCAAGAUGGGUGGCGUUUUCUUACGCCAGGAACUGAACAGGAAACGCGUUUUCCGCGCGGACGUUCGAAUCGUAAUCGCUGUACAUAGAUUCCCUCCAGUUCGUUGAAGUAUGUCGCGCCCUUUCCUCGCAUUCCUGUUUUCCCAACGACGAUCGUCGUUGGUCCCUGUCCCCUCUAUCCUUAAAGCCCGUUUUCACGUGACGUUGAGUGUCACAGCUUUUAAUCCCGUGACAUCGAGUGUCACAACUUUCAAAUUCGUGACGUUGUGUAUGUUACGUACUUUCCAUUAUGAAAAAUUGAAUGUCCCGUUAGCAUGACGUUCCAAUCACAGCUGACGGGUUGUCAUGGUGUAAAUUUCCCUCCGGCGUGUAUUCUGUUAUUUUUCGUACGAAUAAUUUCUUUCGAAAGGUUAAGAGCCGCCAAAAUCAUCCGUGUUGUAUUAUCAACUGUGUUAUCGUGAACGAACCUCUAUGAAAACACGAGAAUUAAUAAAUACAACUACUUAUGGAUCAUGGCGACGCGAUUUUAGCGACUCUUCAGCGCUUUUAAGUAAAUUAUUUACAUGAAAAAUGAAGAAAUUAAUAAUAAAAUGGAGACGACGUCGCAACAAGAAUCGUGACUUGAUGUCACGUGAACGCGUAGCUUCGGACGCGGUGCGACGGACAUUUGUUAUUUGUUUAAUUCCAAGUUAAAGAGUCUCUUAGCUUAUUUAUUAUCUCCAAACUUUUUGUUGUAUACGUUGUUCAUCGAGCUGGUAUCGCUGGACUCGUCGACGGAAGCAGACAAAAUUUUAUUCGAGUAACGAGUAAACUCAUCCUACAAGAAUUUAUUUGCGACGAUUAAAUUUUCAUUCGUUCCAUCCCAUAACUGAAAUUUUAACGUUUAUCCAACGACCAAUUUACUCCUUACUCGAGACAGGACUACAUCCAGACAGGAAUUCUGUCUAUUUCUAGUCGAGGGUCCCUCGGGAUGGCGUGUAAUCGUCCAGUGACACCGAUAAGACUAUGCAUCGUCGAAAAACGCGUUUCCAAACUAUUAUUUACCCCUCUGCAUCACCUCGCCCCGACUUCGUUUUUGUUUGUUCCCCGCGAACGAAAGCACUCAGUGCUCCCGCGGUUGGUUUUCCUUGUUUUGUUUGCGUACGUUCGGUUGAAGGAUUUCACGUGAGAGAGAUUUUAUAGAUGUUUCGCGAGAGUGAGCAAGAGAGAAAGCGAGAGAGCGAGGAGGAAUGUUAUAAUGAAAAAUUAGGGAGCUUUGGCGAAACGUUCACGCCCCGCUGUACGACGUGUAACCUUUGUAUUUGUAUCGUUACGAUAAAUCUUAAACUGUACCGAUUAUUCGAGUAUUACAUUUAAAGCGGCAGAAGUAACCUAUAAAUAUUGUACUGUAAGUGAGACAGCAAAAUAAACGUUAAGUAUUAUCCUUCGAAA